CAAAAUGUCUGCAAAAAGGAACGAAAUAAGUUUAGAAGAAGUUAUUCUAUAAUUAUGAUGUUUAAGUUGCCCUAAAGAGCAGAUCGGGAGUAAUCUACGUUUAUUAUAGAAGUGUCCUCCGGUGGAGAGUAGAUUUUUCUCAAUAUAUUAGCAUGGAGUACGGUUUUUUCUCCUGGAUUGAGAUGUAAAUAUAAAACAAAUGAGUGAAAUGACAGAUGAUUAAGAAAUUUCUACUAUUCGCUUAGAUCAAACGCUUGUCUGUUAACAUUAUGCUUGAAGUUGAGACAUCAAGACAGGUGAGGAAGUCUCGCAAGAAACACGAGCGAAGCCAAUCAGCAUCUGUAGCUAUCAAGGACAAGCCCUCGAAGUAUAUUGAAGAUUACCAUUCUGAUGCAAAAACAUCAAAGACUUUGAAAGAUGCCCAAGAAAAGCUUGCGGCACUUGAAAUUAGUGGGGAUAUUACAAAAGGAACUCCACAAACUGAAAAUGCAGAGAAGAAGAAAAAGCGAAGGAGAAGAGCACAAUCAGCAGAUCAGCUAAACGAUGACACAACGCGCAUCAGGAAAGAUCAAUCUAUUGCAGAACAGAAUUUGAUCCAAGCCAACCUGUACACAAAUGACAAAAACAAAAGCCUUGAGAAACAGACGAAACAGAGCUACAGUGAAGCUCUUUCAGGCCGGCCAUCUCAGGAUGAAACGACUGAGGAUCAUCCAGGCAGGUCAACAGUCAGUGAACGGAGAGAGAAAAGGGUUAGGAAGAAAAAGAAUCUUGCUGAAGCAGAAGUUGCAGCGGCUGUUGAAACGGCUGUAAAUGUCGAAAGGGUGAGAAAACGGGUUAAGAAGAAAGCAAAACAUCGACCAGGCAGCGAAGACCAUUCUGAGGAAUACCUGGAUACCCCCGACGGGCACGAGGGGACAUCGGGGACUCGAGGAGAUCCACUGGAUAAUCGUGGAUACGUGGAUACAGAACAUGAGGAUAAAGAUGUACACGAGAAUGACGGGAGGACAAAAUCAAGAUCUCAAGCGCGGGAAAAUUUGGGAUACGAAGACGAGCAGGAGAUUGGGGAGACUUCGAGGGAACCUAAGGCGGGAAGAACGAAAACUGGCAAACGACGGCGAAAGAAACUAAAAGAACCGUCUGCUGACGUCAUUCACCGUGCGCUCGAGAAGAAACGACAAGAUGAUGGUCACGUGAUGUGCAUCGUCAUCCACAAAGCGGACAGACUCAAGACUGACUUAAGAAUCAGCCAUCCGUUAGUGCGUGUUCACGUGAUUGAUGUCAAUACCGGGGAAUAUAUCAAAAAGUGCAGUAGAAACCGUGCAGCCACUUCAUACUAUGAAAAUCAAGAAACCGUGGAUCAUAUUUUACCGCUGAUGACGCAACCGUUUGACUUCAAACAAAGAAAGUCACUCGUUCCAUCAUGGGAGGAUGUACUUAUCAUCAAUGAAAUAUAUUCGUAUUUUUUACAACGCACGGAAGGUGAUCCAAAUGUCAUAAUUUUCUUUGAGAUACUAGACUUCCUUAGUAUGGCCGCAAUCAACAAGCUAAAAGGUAUGCAAAGAUCAGAUAGAGGCUGGUAUCAAAUCGCUUGGGCAUUUCUUAAGUUGGUGGGUUCCAAUGGAUCGCCCAAUACAGACACCAAGAUUCGUCUUCAGUUGUUUCAUCCCGUGAAGUACAACAGACGCCGACAGUUAUCGAACUCGAGCAUACCCGAGGUCUAUCAUUGGUGGAGUUCCCCAUCACGUCAGCCGUAUCCUUCAACGUUAUAUGUGACUGUAAAAGGAAUUAGGCCACCGCAAGAUAUCGAUGCCGCUGGAAGAUCCAUGUUCGCUGUUCAAGAAGAAAAGGGGAAAAUGACGUUUGAAGAAAUGACUGGAAAAAUUGCCCGAAGCGAAAGUCCAAGCGAAUUUGCAGCAAACAGGGAUAUUGUCAACUGGAAGAAACUACCUGGCCAGCCAAAUCGUGUUCCAAACCAGAUCAUGUCAACACUCCAGGCUGGGCAUCGUGGAUGUUUCGUUGUCAGAUUUUCUGACGAUGGGAGAAAACUCGCGUGUGGUUGUGCUGAAAAACACGGAUUCUCCAUAUUUGUGUUCGAGACACUCUCUGGAAAAAAUAUCAGCAAAUUUCAAGGGCAUUUCAGUAUUAUCUAUGAUCUUUGUUGGUCCCAAAAUGGCAAAGAGAUUCUGUCGGCCUCUUCAGAUGGAACCGCUAGGAGUUGGGAAGUGUGUAAAGAUGGCAGUCCCGCCAUGAAAACGUAUCCUCACCCUUGUUUUGUCUACGCCGCUCGUUAUCAUCCGCAGAAGAGCCUCGUAGUGACUGGAGGGUUUGAUCGGCUGAUUAGAAUAUGGGAUAAGGACAACGAGGGUGUCAAUGGACAGCUUUUACGUGAGAUGGAAGGACAUUUUGGUUUCAUCAACACAAUUUGCUUUGAUCCCUCAGGCCGAUUUAUGUUUUCUGGUGACAGUUCUGGGACGGUUAUCGUGUGGGAGACGUAUGGAAAUGUGGACGCAAGAUCAAAGAAAAAGCGAUCUUCGACUGCAGCGGAUAUUCAAAGAUGGGUGGUCAGCAAGACCGUGAAAGAUCAGGAGAUUAAGGAUUGUGUUAUCAACUCGAUAAGCCUCCAUCCAAAUGGCCGCAAACUCCUGGUUCAUACACGUGACAACGUAACACGAAUGUUGGAUUUGAGAAGUUUCUCGAUGAUGACACGAUAUAUUGGCGCGAACAACUUCAAAGAGCACGUGAGAAGUACCAUGAGCACUUGCGGUAGUUUUGUCUUUUCCGGGUCUGAGGAUGGACUGGUGUAUGUCUGGGACACCGAAACAGGUGACUUGGUCAAGGUCUACAAUGAGCUUGGAUACACAGCAGCUGUGUCCGACAUCGACUUUCAUCCGCAUGACAAUAUCAUUGCAUUCUGUUCUUUUGGCCAGAACCAUCCAGUUGUUUUGUAUCAACACCAGCAUACAGGUAGUGUGGAGGAGAUCCCUUAUAUCCCAAGCAGUCCCCCCAUGUCCCCAUUACGUACAACAACUCGCACAAUGGGGCAGACAACAGAGCAUGCGCUGACCGCUGAACCACAAACUAUGGCGCAUACUUCAACGCAUAUGGCCGACGUAGCCUCAGAAACCCUACUGCUGAAUAAAAUAAAAAAGAAACUGGAUUCGGUCUUGGACGUAUCUCACACAACCGCAGAUCUUCGAUCAAGUAUGGCAGGCUCAAGAACAUUGCAGAGGACCCCCAGUCCAUACGCACCUGAUCUAUUAUCGGUCCAACAACCUGAGUUUGGAACGCUAUCGACCUGGGGCUCUGACUUCACAGCUUUACCAACCUCGCCAUACAGUCCCGAAUCUAAACCCCAGUCUCCUCAGAGAGAAAUGGGCACGCGGACGUUUAGUCAACUCGAAACUGGGCAACCGAAUCAAGGCCCAUCAAGUUUUUCCAGACCAAAUUCCCGGCACGAUACAAGCGUUGGCUUGUUUAUGGCAAAAGCCGCGUAUCCAUUUUCUGCGAGGAAUCCUGAUGAGCUGAAUCUUGACGAGGGUGACGUCAUCACAGUAUUACGUCAAGAAGACGAGCAUUGGUGGGUAGGCGAGAUGAAAGACGGUAGACAGGGAUAUUUUCCCGCUUCGUAUACGAAGAUGAUGGACAGGAAUGAGAAAAAGAAACCCAAACAAAAAGAAAGAAAACAAGUAAGUUUGUUACGAAUGUGAAAUAUUUCUUUUCAC